UGAAGGGGUUAAUUUUACAUAUUCAGCAGCUCCCCUUAAAAAAAAAAAAAGGACUGUGGGGGCUGGGAAGGCUUUCCAUUCUGCAUACAAACUAUUGCAUAAGGUUCAGUCAUCCAGUGUUUCACCGCCUGUACUCCUUCAUAUCAAGACCUCUCGUAUAUAAAAAGCUGUUAUGCAAACCAUUGUGCUGUUGGUGUUGUGGGUAUUGGGAACAUCCCUGGUGUUGCCAGACCCAGACACGGCUGGGGAUGUAGCAGUCGAAGAAACCAUACCAUGUUCUAAAGGAUGCACUUGUCUGCAUGAUGACUUCAGCUUGGAGCUCAACAUGUACUGCAGUGCUCGGAACUUCACGCAUGCCCCGUCUGACAUCCCCUCCUCCACUCAUUCCCUCUGGCUUGACGGCAACCUGUUUACAUCCCUCGCAGCGGCGUCUUUUAAGGAUCUUUCUAACCUGGACUUUUUGAAUCUGCAGAGUGGAGAGCUGCAGACUCUUGACCCUCAGGUUUUCAGAGGACUUAGGUCGCUAGCACACGUUCACCUCGAACGGAAUCGCCUCCGUGCGUUACCAGGUACAAUCUUCCAGACUACGCCCAACCUCGCCUCGAUUAGUCUGCAUAACAACCAACUGUCUCGUAUUGAGGAAAGACUGUUUGCUGGACUCUCACAAAUGUGGCUUCUAAACAUAGGGUGGAACUCACUAGCAGUUUUACCUGAGACAGCUUUCCAGGACCUACAAGGUCUACGGGAGCUCAUUCUCGCAGGGAACCGACUCGCUUACUUGCAGCCACAGCUUUUCCAAAAUCUUGUCGAGCUUAAAGAAUUGGAUCUGACUGGAAAUCAUCUCAAGGUUAUCAAAGCCAAUGUAUUUGUCAAACUCACUAAACUCCAAAAGCUUUACCUAGCCCAAAAUCAGAUUGUGACGGUGGCACCCAGAGCCUUUGUAGGCAUGAAGUCACUGAGAUGGAUGGAUCUCACAAACAACAGACUGACUUCUCUCCAUGAUGACACCUUCUUGGGCCUGCACAGUCUCCAUGUACUGCGUCUUUCCAACAACUCCAUCACUGGAAUUCGGCCAAGGACUUUCCGGGAUUUGCAUUACUUAGAAGAGCUUCGCCUCAGCUACAACAAGAUCCGAGCCCUUGGGGAAAGGAUCUUUGAAGGGCUGGGUCAUCUGGAAGUCCUAGAGCUAGAGCACAAUCAAGUGCAGGAGGCACAAGUGGGUAGUUUCACGGGACUCUCUCAUGUGGCUGUCAUCAACCUUUCUGGAAGCUGCUUCCAACGUCUGCCCGACCAAAUUUUCAAAGGUCUGUCUAAGCUUCAUAGUCUUCAUCUGGACAGAGGUUGCCUAGCAAGGGUCACAACACAAGCUUUUACUGGACUGUCUGGUUUACGGAGGCUUUUCUUGCAGCACAAUAAUAUCUCUGUGGUGGAACACCAGAGCUUUGUGGACCUGGUGGGCCUAUUGGGACUGGACAUGAGUUUUAACAAAUUGGACGUUCUCACAUCCCCUACAUUCUCUGGCCUAAAAAAUGUUGAGUACUUGCUGUUAUCCAACAAUGAAUGUCGACAGUUUCUGCAAAACGGCACAAAGCAUCUACUCCCAAAGCUGCGCUAUCUGGACCUGAGAGCUAAUAGCUUGACAAAUUUGGUCCCCGAUUUUCCAGAGAGUAUGGAAAAACUUUUGCUUUCCGGAAACCGGUGGAAAUGUGACUGCAGUGCCCUCCCACUGAGAAACUACAGCUUAAAGAGUCCAUUGGUGAUACCUCGGCAAGUGGAGACCCACGCAGAGGGAGAAGAGCCUGACUCAACCAUCACCAUAUACAACAACAUAACAUGCACCAGCCCACCACGUCUAGCUGGCCAGGACCUGCGGGAUAUUGACAGUGAACUCUUCCAAGGUUGCUAGGCAAACACGCACAGAUUGGAUUUGAGAAUUGUUUAAUAUUCUGUAAUAUUUUCAACAAUGCAAAUUCAUUUAGUUUCUGAUCUCAAGAUUAAAUUUCAACACUAAUGAAUGAUUCAGGGUUUUGUUUCACAUGAACUAGUUACAGAUACAGUAUAUGGUAGCCUUUAGAGAAAAUGGUUAAAAUAGUUAUCAGGUGCUAUUAAUUUCUUAACAUGAAAAGACAACACAUAUUUGUCUUCCCUACAUUACACUCAAUUUUAAACAAAUAUUAAUUUCUUAUAUAACUUGAACCCAUUUUCUCAUGGUUGCUCAUGAGUUUGAGACAAUAAAAAUAUACAUUGGGAUGACAGGUCAAAACAAAUGUUGGCCUGAUAUGAAAACAUAGCUACAUUUCCACAAAACUAAGAGCAACAAAACUGCAUUUUGAGUUCAACCCAUUAUGAUAAAACAAUUUGCAAAACUGUAGGGCAGUAAGAAAUAUGUAGACUCCAGCUUCAAAUAUCAAUAAAUGUGUAUUACUUUGUGUAGUAAACACAUGUUUUGUCACUUUAAAAAGAAAUACACUAUUGGAAAAGUUGCUUGAAAAGUGCAAUAAAUAUUUCAAACUUG